AUGGAUCUCUCAAAAGAAGCUUGGAGAUUUCUAAAAUCUAUCUUCAACCCACAAUAUACAUCUAACGCAUCAACGUACGAGUUUCCGUCGGAUUAUGACGUUGGUGAGUAGAAUUUGAAGGAAAAAAACUAGAGAGCAGAAUGGAAUACAGAAGUAUAUUUUCGUAAAGGAAAUCCCAAUGGUAAUCAGGUCAAUUUACAUAUGCGGCUUACAGAAAACUCUAGCAUACUUCAAAGGGAUAUUCUUCUCAGGUCGAGGGCUGCAAGUCUGCCUCAUACACAAAUUGAGUUUUUUAAUCAGCAGAUUGUAUUGAUAAGACUAAGAAAGCAUACAGUGUGUGGAUAAGUAGAUUAUGGAUUAUUGAAAAAAACUAAAGGAGGUAGGGGUGAAAGGGAAUGGAAGUGUGCCAUCAUGUCCCCUUCGUUUAUUGAUAGAACUUGGCAGCUCGAUUAGUGAGAAAAGGCCUGUACUGAAGAAUAGAGGCUGUAGAUUUUGAUUUUUAUUCAUUGAAUUCAAUUCAAAUUCAUCUCAUUAACAGACCAAUGCAUGUGUGACGAAAACAGACUAUGAGCUGAGGGAACCGAUACGCCAUAAAUGCCCCUCAAACAUUGGUAAUUAUUUUUUAUAUCUAACUUUAGCGAACGGUCAUGAGUAUUAACGUUUUGCACAUCAAGCCAUCAAAAGCGUGAAGUGUGAAAGGUCACCACUGAGGUUUACUCUAAAAAAAAAGCCCCAGUUUAUACAUUCCCUAAAUUUUACAAGCAAAGAUACGGAUGGUGGAAUAAAUGUAAGAGUUAAACAAAAAUAUCUAUCUUGAAUUUACCUCUCCUGUUAAAAAAAUCGAUGUUGAAAUAUGUUUUAUUUUACAUAAUGAUACAGUAAGCAAAGCCGCUCGAUCUCGCUUCUGAGCGUUGCAACUUUUCCUGAUUUUAGCUAUCAAAAUGAUGAUAUAGCUAUAGACCUUAAGGCUCCAUCAUCUUUCUAGUGUUUUAAAUUGUUGGAGUAUUAAUAGCGCAAGAGCAUGAACCCCUUCGUUUUGAGAGAAAUUGAAAAUAUCAAUGCAAACGAACCAUCAGGUCUAAACUACAACAGAUCGCAGCUUUCUUUUUUUUUUUUUUUUGAUUCUCGCAUCUAUGGUCCGAUACAUAGCUUAAUGUGUGAAUUGGAGGGAUGAUCAUUCUUUGACUUAAGAUAUUCAUUAAUGAAGCAUUAGAUUUCAGAAGUACCAGCACAGAGAGAAAGUGUUUAGAUUCCUUGAUGCUUAAGCCUUGAACGUAAUACCGAUAUAAGUGACCUUUAAAUUCGGUUAGUUUUAUAGCUUAUAACUUUUUAAGUUGGAAAUAGCGCGGGGGAGGGGGACGCGAUGUUUGAUCGAGCGGGUACUCGGGUACUAAUGUUCUAAUCAUGUCUUGUCAACCCGAAGAUUUAUAACGGCCUCAUACACGAAAGGGCUCUCUGCGCAGGUUCAGCUAAAGGAGGAGUGGGACCGUGUCAGUUUGACAGUGGAGGACCGCUGGCGUGUCAAGAAAGUGGGUUAUGGUACCUUUCUGGCGUCGUUUCGUGGGGAGUGGGGUGCGAAGAGCCCAAUAAACUCGGUGUGUACAGUGAUAUGAGUGUUCUGAUGGAUUGGGUGAAAGAUAUGGUUGUUGCAGACGCUAGUUUCAUUUGA